ACAACCACACCCCGGCACGAAUUUUGACGACAACACUUUUUGGCCUCACCACAACAAUCCGCCCUCCGGACCUCACAAACACCUCACCCACUACAAUUUCAAGGUCGGAAAUCGUUCAUCAUGGCAGACGGAGGAAUCGACCGCAAGAUGGAGGAGAGAAUGGAGUUUACGACCUCGAAGGAGGUGGAAAUCGCUCCAACUUUCGAGUCCAUGUCCCUCAAGGAGAACCUCCUCCGCGGCAUCUACGCGUACGGCUACGAAUCUCCCUCAGCCGUGCAAUCGCGCGCCAUCGUUCAAAUCUGCAAAGGCCGCGACACCAUCGCGCAAGCACAAUCCGGAACCGGUAAAACAGCCACCUUCUCCAUCAGCAUGCUUCAAGUCAUCGACACCGCGGUGCGCGAGUCGCAGGCCCUCGUGCUCUCGCCGACCCGCGAACUCGCCACGCAGAUCCAGUCUGUCGUUAUGGCGCUGGGGGACUACAUGAAUGUGCAGUGCCAUGCUUGUAUUGGUGGGACGAAUGUGGGAGAGGAUAUCAGGAAGUUGGAUUAUGGACAGCAUAUUGUUAGUGGGACGCCGGGGCGUGUGGCGGAUAUGAUCCGUCGCCGUAACUUGCGCACGCGCCAUAUCAAGAUGUUGGUGCUUGAUGAAGCGGAUGAGCUGCUCAACCGCGGAUUCCGCGAGCAGAUUUACGAUGUAUACCGCUACCUUCCCCCCGCGACGCAAGUUGUCGUCGUCUCCGCCACGCUCCCCUACGACGUCCUCGACAUGACGACGAAGUUCAUGACCGACCCCGUCCGCAUCCUCGUCAAGCGCGACGAGCUGACCCUCGAGGGACUUAAGCAGUACUUCAUCGCCGUCGAGAAGGAGGAGUGGAAAUUCGACACCCUCUGCGACCUCUACGACACGCUGACCAUCACGCAAGCCGUCAUCUUCUGCAACACCCGUCGCAAGGUGGACUGGCUGACUGAUAAGAUGCGUGAGGCCAACUUCACGGUGUCGAGCAUGCAUGGAGAGAUGCCGCAGAAGGAGCGGGAUAGCAUUAUGCAGGAUUUCAGACAGGGGAAUAGUCGCGUGCUUAUCUCGACGGAUGUGUGGGCUAGGGGAAUCGAUGUCCAGCAGGUUAGCUUGGUGAUUAAUUAUGAUCUGCCGAGUAAUCGUGAGAAUUACAUUCAUAGGAUUGGUAGGAGUGGGAGGUUUGGACGCAAGGGUGUGGCGAUUAACUUUGUGACGAGUGAGGAUGUGAGGAUUUUGAGGGAUAUUGAGUUGUACUACUCCACCCAGAUCGACGAGAUGCCAAUGAACGUCGCAGAUCUCCUCUCUUAAAUGGCCCAAUAACGUCAUAAUACCAUGAGUUGAAGGAGAGCACGUACACGCGUCAUCUGAAUCCGAGAAAAUAAGCAGAGUCGAGGAAAGCCAUCAGGGCACAAUGGGCGCGGAGGAAGGGGAAUAAUUUCCAAAAAAAUUUCAGAUUGCCACCAAAAAGGAGUUUAAGCCAUGCCAGCGAGGGGGAGGUCGACUGGGAGGUCUUUUGUUUUGAUAUCUACGUGCGGGAGGCGGGCGGGGAGUGUAUACCAACCACUUUUUCAGAUAGCAGAUGCGAUUAUGCAGUUAGUAGUAAAUGCAAUGCAAAUCAAUGUCAAGAGAGAGGAAAGAAACUCC